GCAGUAUUUUGUGCGCGAAGAGUCGCCGUUUCUAUUUUGUUACAGUUUUGUGCUCAUAUCCACGUCGCGCAUUCGGGCUGGCACUUCGUACUUGUGCAAAUCCACCCUCUGCGUUCAAGCGCCCACCCCUCCAGUCGUAAAUAGCUCCGGGGCCUCUCCGAGAGAAAAUUCGAUUGCUGCGAUGCGCGCCGUCCUGCUUUUCGGUCGUUUACGACGUUCUGAUUUGUGAUCGUCAGUAUUGAUCAGUUGAACUGAGUCACCUUCGGUCAUCAUACGUCCCUUCUGUGCUCCACUUUGCUCGGAACCAAUGGAGGCAGGGCAAGGCCCUGCUCAGGAUCGGGCUGCGGGGGCGACUCCGAAGACGUCGCUGAGCUGCCGGACGUCUUCGACCAGCCGCAUAAACACCGAAUGCAUCUCGCACCACUGGACCAUCGAGAACUUCAGCAAAUGCCAGUUCUUCCAGAGCGGCACUUUCUUCAGCGAAGAGUUCCCGAAGGAUUCGUCACUGGUGCGCCUCAAGCUUCGGUUGGAUCUGACAAAGGACUAUGCAUCCAUCUGUGUGGUGCCCUUCCAUGGGAUGCAGGGGCGCAACUGUGUGUACACGCUGACGCUUCUCGGUGAGGCUGGACGGCCCGUGCAGCGCUACUUCCACAACGGCUUCCACACGCUCUACCGCGGCAGCACAAACUACUUGGGCAUUGAGCUCUGCAAAGCGUUUCUCUACAACCGCGAGAAUAAGUGCAUCCACGGCGAUGCCUUGAGCAUUCUGUUCGAGGUGGAGUUCCUUGCAGACAGCACCAACACGCCCAUCAAGCGCACGGACAUCCCUGUCAGCCCGCUGCUCAAGAACUUGGCGGGCCUGCUGGAAGACAAGAGCUUUGGCAAUGUGCAGCUGACGGUGCAGCAGCGGAACCUGUAUGCCCAUCGCGACGUCUUAAUGCUCUCAUCGCCCGUGUUUGGCGCCAUGUUCUCGCAUCCCACCAAGGAGUCACAAGAGCAGGUAAUCCACCUGCCAGACCAAUCUUUUGACGCCAUGCGUGAGAUGCUGCUCUUUAUCUACACGGGCGAGGUUCCGAAUCUGGACAAGGUUGCCGAAGACCUGUAUGUGGCUGCAGACAAGUACUCUAUGAGUGAACUGAAGACUCUCUGUGGAGACUACUUGGGUUCAAACUUGACUGUAGAGAGGGCAGCCGAUGCGUUUGUCCUCUCUAACAUGUACAGCGACGCCGAGCUGUCGCGCAGCAUUGCUCGCUUUAUCGCAGACCACCUGGUGGCUGUGCAAAGGACUGCUGGCUGGAAGAACAUCUGGGGCAAACCUGACAUCACUGAGCGACUGUUUAUGCUCAUUGCUGACAUUGGCAAUACCCUUGAGUCAGCCACAUAGUGUGUUGCUGACAAUGAGGUGUAUCACAUGCAUUUUGCUCCACUCGUCAGUGUGGGUUGUGGAAUGACGUCGAGCGCGGAAUCUUCCUUAGGAUCUACACUAAAGGCGGAAAUUCGCGCUUAUGUGUCCGCAUAUGCCGUCGUCUUUUACUCGGUGUGUUCUGAUGAAAAUUGAAUAACCAUUCUUUUGUCAAGCUAGGCAUGCGUUCUGAACAAAUAAAAGAACAUGUGCAGGCUUUGUUGAUACCUAUGUUCAAAGCAUGUCAUUUGUGGUGAUGUCAGGUUAUGCUCGUGGCUGAUGUUGGCUGCUGCCAUGAGUCAGCUAUUUAGGUCUAUCCAUGGGAGACCUUUUGCCUGGUUGCAUGGUGGCGGGCAGUGUGAUGCAGAUAAGCCAAAUGCAGAAAUUUGCGCAGUGUAAAUAGCUUCAAAUGCUUCCACUCCAGGUGUACUCUGAAUUUGUGAAAAGCUUACUCCGCUGACUUUUGUUGAAUUGGUUGAGCAGCAACUGGAGCUCUGUGCUGGCUCUUUUGAGGUCAGGAUGAUUGAGGCAAGGUUAGGUAUUGCGGCACACUUGUCACUGACAUUGGCAAAGCCCUUAUUUAAGCCAGCAACAUGUGUUGUAAUUUGUGAGAAUAAUCUGCCAGUACUUUACUGCACUGACACACACCAUGUUGGAGUUUUUCGAAGUUGUGCCAAGUUGAAAGUUGUAUGCAGUGGGAAAUUUUCACUCCAGGUAUUUCACUUUGUGCACUAACCAAAGCUAGAACUUACACACGACCAUCUUUGAUGGAACCAGCAGUCAAUACAUUCAACUAUUAUAAUAGUAUACGUUGCCUUUGCAGAGACGUUGAGGGCAAAGUCUGUGAUUGUGAGUAGAAGCAACAUUGAGUACAGAGCGGUGUGAGAUGUUGCCAUGUGUUUGCUGAUGCUGUGACAUAAAAGUGAGAGCAAGAAAUGAAAGCUGGGCAUGUUAGUACACGUUAAGCUUUAUAGUGAAACGCCAAUAAAGGACAACAAAAAAGCAAACAUGGGCACUCCUCACAACUAUGUAACAUAACUUGCUUGUUGUGUGUAAUGUUCGUGUUUGUUUUCACUUCUAUGUUCAUAUUGGCGCUUUGUUCUGAUGCUGCAGGUGACAGUGAGAAAGGUGGCUUCCUCUCUGUGUACUUUAGACGUACCACCGAAAAGGGUUGCUGUUGAUUAUGUCUUGCAACUCUUCUGCAGUUUCCUAUAUAUUUCUUUUCAAUUUGUAUAUAUGUUGUGUUAGCCUUGAAGUGUUUGUGGUUGAUGUGGCUGGGGGCUAAGUUGCAGGAGCUAGGCAGCAGCACUGAUGCAGAAACACUGAAAGCAUGUUUUUGAUGUUUCAGAACUGACAUACCAACUGUCCGCUUGCGCGCAUGCCAAAAGAGCGGGUUAAUCCAGUCACGUCACUUUUGUGGAAAAACCGACUAAGUGUAAUGGCGUGUUCCCACACACUGUGUUGACACUGUGUAGCUGCCAAUGAAACAAUUGUAAGCAUUGUGCUACUUGUGUGCGCCACUGAGUAAAGGCAGUGCCGAGUGUUAAAAACCCACACUGCGGACCAAGUCUCGGUAGUAAUCGUAGCGUUCUCACAUUUUGCAACAUUUGAGGAGUCCUACAAACACACCAUAAUUUUGAUUUUGAUGUUGCUGCACACAGGAUUAAUGUUGAUGUCUUAGUAACAUUAAACUUUUUCAACAUCAUGUACAACUCAACUGCUCUUGUGCAGUUAAUGCGAGCAGUGAGCAAGUUGUGAUGUUGGUACGCCGUGUGGAAAUGAAUAGCGACUUGUGCCCUGCGUUUCAGAGGUUUUGUCUUAUUGAACCAAAUAUGGGUAAUUUUAGUAAUUUGAAAUAUUGUAUUUGUCUGCACUUUCAAUGUAGAUGGUAUUGUAGGUUGCACUAGUUUGCUCACCUGUCGCAUUAUGGUUGUUGCGUACAAAUGUGGCCACGAGGAUGGGCCAAGAGACUGUGUUACUUGUUUGUCAAAGCUGUCUAAGCCGAGAGACGGUUUAAGAAUGGCCAUAGUACUGUGAAAGUAACCGUGAAGUAUUACCGUGAAAGUGUUUCUGUUGCACACGCUGUAAAGCACUGUGAUCCAGCAUGUCCGGUGGGAUGAAGGUGUUAGUCUUGCACAGUCUUUCAGUUUUCUUUGGCACCUGCUGCAUAACUUCAUCUAUUUGCCAACUGGUGUAUGUACAAAAAGGUGGCCUUGCCUAGCUUUAGCAACCACUCCAAAGUAAAUAAAGGGGCACAUGCAGGUGGCACCCAGAUAGCGAUGCAAGAUCAAUGGGCUAUGUAUUUUCCACUGAAUUGGCAAAUCUCCUUUGGCAUAUAUUUACGUAGCUCGGCAAUGUAUUUAAUGUUCCUCACCGUACACACUAAGGUCAGAUCAGGGUGCUGCAAUGCUUGUUUGCUUGGAUGCUCAAGUCGUAGAGGCCAAAGGUAUUUUAUGUGUUUUUGAGUAUCUAGAGAGUGCAUUUGUCAUGGGCACGUCUUCACUGUGCACAAAACUGUGGUGUUGCUUGCAACAUUCUAGUGCAAAUGUACAUACCUGAAAUAGUGGUUUGAACUAACCAUUAUCUUGCGAGUAGUAUUUAUCUAUGUCAUUGUAUUCAUUGUAAUAAAAGGAGAUGUGAUAGACUAUA